UUAAUUGGGGUUGGAAAAGAUCAUCUUAUUCAAAUUAAUAAGAGUUUAAAAACAAAAGGAUUAGUUGAACGAUUACAUGGCAAUACAAAGCGAAUUCCUAAUACAAAAAACCGUACAAAAAUUGAUCAAACUUUAUUACCACAUAUUAAAAUUAUAACACCUGGCACAGAUUUAUGUGAAACUUGUAAAAUUCUAAAGGCUGAAAUUCGAAGUGCAAAUUAUAAUAAGGAAAAAGAAUUAAUUCAAAAAAGGUUAGAUGAUCAUAAACAAAAAGCAGCAAUCGAACGAGAAUAUUAUCGUAAUAAUAUUUUAACAA